AUGGCAUCGAGCAACCGCGUAGCUCUGGUAACUGGGGCUAACAAGGGCAUUGGCUUUGCGAUCACGCGUGACCUGUGCCAAAAGUUCUCGGGGGACGUGGUGCUCACAGCCCGGAACCAGGCACUGGGCCAGGCUGCUGUGCAGCAGCUGCAGGCAGAAGGUCUGAGCCCGCGCUUCCACCAACUGGAUGUUGACGACCUGCAGAGCAUCCGCGCCAUCCGAGACUUUCUUCUCAAGGAGUACGGGGGACUGGCCGUGCUGGUCAACAAUGCGGGCAUUGUUCUGACUAAUUACUGUUCUUCCCAACAAGGCACUGAUCCUACCCAUGUUCACAUUCAAGCAGAAGCAGCAAUGAAAACAAACUUUUUUGGUACCCGGGCUAUCUGCACGGAGCUACUCCCUCUAAUAAAACCUCAAGGCAGAGUGGUGAACGUAUCAAGCAUGCUGAGUCUCAGGGCCCUGAAAAACUGCAGCUCGGAGCUGCAGCAGAAGUUUCGAAGUGACACCAUCACAGAGGAGGAGCUGGUGGGGCUCAUGAACAAGUUUGUGGAGGACACAAAGAAAGGAGUGCAUGAGAAAGAAGGCUGGCCUAAUAGUGCUUAUGGGGUGAGCAAGAUUGGGGUGACAGUCCUGUCGAGAAUCCAUGCCCGGAAACUCAGCGAGCAGAGGAAAGGGGACAAGAUCCUCCUCAAUGCCUGUUGCCCUGGGUGGGUGAGAACAGACAUGGCAGGACCAAAGGCCCCCAAGAGCCCUGAAGAAGGAGCAGAGACCCCCGUGUACUUGGCCCUUCUGCCGCCCAAUGCAGAGGGACCUCAUGGGCAGUUUGUUCGCGAAAAACAGGUAGAACAAUGGUGA